GAAGGUGCAAAGUUGGCGCGUGUGUACAGACAGUGCAGCAGUAGUUAUUUACGAAAGAUUAGUCCGUGUUUAGUCUUGGCCUUUACUUUUGUAGCUCGUUUGUCACUUUGGUUGGUAUCAUGACGAGGAACAAAACUGCGUAAAUAAGCUGUCAGUCGUCGAGAAACAGCGUCAUGUGGAAACUCCAGCCUGCAGAGUCUGAAUCAGGGACGUUCUACCUGCUCCCCGGUAAAGAGUAUGUAGUGGGUCGUAAAAACUGUGACAUCCUCCUGGCCAAUGACCAGUCCAUCAGCCGUGUGCACGCCAAACUUACAGUCACUGAGCAGACUGUCACACUGAAGGACAGCUCCAAGUACGGCACUUUUAUUAACGAUGAGCAGCUGGCAGCUGGCUCCACCAAGACCCUGCGUGCUGGUGACAGAAUCACAUUUGGGGUCUUUCAAAGCAAGUUUAGGCUGGAACUGAACUCUGUGGUGGUCUGCUCAUCCUGUGUCGAUAAUGAGGGGAAGGUGGCUCUUUCACAGGCCGUGCAGUCGGUUGGAGGCCGCAUGGUCAACUCUUGGUCACAGGACUGCACUCACCUUGUCAUGCCCACUGUAAAGGUCACAAUUAAGACGAUCUGUGCGCUGCUGUGCUGUCGGCCAAUAGUGAAACCAGAGUUCUUCACCGAGCUCUUUCAAGCUGUGCAGCGGAAGGGAACCCUUCCCAAAUGUGAAAACUUCAAGCCGGAGAUAGAUGAACCCAGUCUGGCUAAGCAAGAGGUGGACCUGGGUCCCAGGCCCGAGAGAAAGUCUCUCUUCAAGGAUAAAACAUUUGUCUUCUUCAACGCCAAACAGAUGAAACGUUUAAGUCAGGCCAUCAGUUCUGGAGGUGGGCGGAGCCAGCUCUUGGAGGAGGGGUCUCUGCCUGUGUCCCUUCUGGAAUCCACAGGGACUUGUGUUAUUGACGUUGGAACAGGAUCCUCCCAAGCACUCAUACCUUCCACCACCAAGAAAUGGAUGGAUUCUGUAGGGCAGGUUUUGCACAGGAAUGAUUUACGCUUCAUCACUGAAUCUGAGAUUGGAUUGGCUACCAUCUAUGUCAAUAAUCAGACCUACUGCAAUCCCUGUGCUUCUAUGGAUUCUGAGUCUGUUAGAAUGAGGCCAGCAAUCCCCGCGGCGACUCUUACACAGAAUGCAACAGUGGAUGAGACUGUGCUUCCUGCAGCCUCCCAGAACAUCACUGCAUAUGUGGCCAACACUGAGACUUCUCAGAGUUUCAGCAGGAUGGAUGGAUGUGGUGCCACAGCUGUGGGUGAGACCCCAGAGAAACGCCCUGUACAGGCAAAUCCACUGGGGUCAGCGAAGCCAGCAUCAACAUUAUCCCGAAGACAGCCAUCAACCAUGGAGCCACCAACCACAUCAGAGUCUGUGAAGUCAUCAUUGAGCACAAGUGAGAGGGUACAGGAAAAGAAGAAGGUAGAAUCAGCUUCUUCUGACAGGAGGAAUGACGACUGUGUGAAAUUCCCAGACCCUCGCAACAGCAGUGCCACGCUUAAAAAAUCCCCCCAGAAACAGUCAGCGCUCACAAGCUACUUCCAGCCUGUCAACAAAAAGAGGUUGCGUGAGGGCGGUGCUGAUUCUGAGCUUUCGGAGGCCAAACUGUCUAGGCGAGAGUGCGAGGAUCCAGCAGCAUCCUUACAAAGCUCGCACAUAAGCCAAAAGCGGCAUGGCACGACCCCGCAGUCCAAUUUCAGUGCCAGUCUGGGUUUGGGCUCUGCACUCGCCAUUAACUCAGGUGCUAGUGGGGACCAUAAUGCCCAGAACUGUGACUCCAAUCCAAUCUCAGGCAGUAAAAAGAGGAAGGAGCCCAUGCAGGACCAGCCAUCUAACCUGGCGGUGCAAGAAGAGAGGGCUGAUUUAGAUGUUUCACUGGAGGAGCUCGAGUCCAUCAUGUCUGAAGACAUGGAUGAACCCAUGCAACCUGCGGCCAGUAAGAAACAACGUUUGGGUCAAGGAGAGAGCAGCACUGUCAGUAAGGGGCGGAACCCAAAGCAGUACCAUAACACUACAUCCAGCAUCCAGCAGAGGGUAGAGCAGCAAAGCAUAGCCAGUAAGAGCCAGAACCUGGAACAGGACGUGCCUGGUAGAGCCAAUAAACACCAGAACUCUGAGAGGAAGCCACCGGGAUCCAGUAGAGCAGCAGAUUUGGAGCAGGACCAGCACAGUUCAGCGCAUAGGAAGGAUAGAUCUGAAUCUGACGAUGUUAAAGAAGAGGAAGUGUCCUUUGUUGUGGCAUCUGAGGCCCUUAAUGGCUUUGCCAAGCACAGUGAGGUGACUGCGGUCAAGCAGGAACCCAAGGGCUCAAGCUCAGUGUCUGCUUCAGAAAAUGACUCCGAGCUUCCCCAGAGACUCUUGCAAGUUCAGUUUAAGUGUCUCACUGUGAACGCUCCGUCCAGAACGAGGCCCGACCCACUACAGAGCCGCGAUCCCAAUGGGAAGAACUUUAAGCGCUUCCGCAAGGCACCUGUUCCUGGACUUCAUGGUUUGCCCAACAUCAUCGGCGGCUCAGAUCUGGUGGCUCAUAAUCGGAGCAAAAACACAGAACUUGAGGAGUGGCUGAGAGAUGCAGCAGAGGAGGAGAAACGGCAAGAGCGAGAAGAGACUCUUGGGGAUGAUCUGUUCAGGUACAAUCCAAAGCCUUCUAAAAGAAGAUGAGAGGUAACUCAUGGACCUGGACUCUUUAUGGUAUUCUUAAUGAUCUGCACGUUCAAGAAGAUUUCACAGUUUUCUACAGGUUUUGCUUGUUCUUGUAAGUUUUGAGCAACUCACCAAAUUUCCGUCCCGCACUUGUUCUGGAUUAUUGCAGCGUUCCAAAAGUAGGCCUCAAGUAUGUUGUCUGUUUAUGUUCAGUUAUAAACUUAAAGGUAGAAUAAGUGCCAUUUUCAUUUGAAGUCACUCAUUACUGCUGGUCACAUGGCUCACUAAAUCAUGAACUGCGACAAGACUUUAAUUUUUAUCUGGCAUCUUUUUACAAAUACUACUUUUACAACAACUACUUUUUCACUAUGUUUAAAAAAAGAAUUGGAUAUCUUUUGUCAUCAGUUUUGUCAUCAUUACAUGCUGUUGGAAAUGUCUUUGUUGGAUACAGUAGUUCUUCCCUGAUGUUUUCUUAAAUGUGAGAUGUGUCAGAGAAGAAUAUACAUUAGUUUUUUAAACAUAACAAGCACCUGAAUACAUACACUCAUGUUCAAGUUUUUGGAAUCUUUGCUGUAUUAACAAUUUUUGUGCUUUAAUAUACAAUAAUAUAUGAUGAGAGUUUAAAUAUUACAGACAAAAAAUUACAAAAUUGAAUUUUUUGAUGUUGCAUUCAUUAUUUCAAGAAUUUGGUGAACAAGAAUAAGUGAUAAUGUACUGUAGUGAUUGUUUGCAUUAAUUUUUGUCAAGUAAACUGCCUUUAGAUUUGAUCUCCACGUUUGAAAUAUGAUGAAUUCUGGAUUCAUGAUGUUACCUUCUUUCUCGGUUCUUCUACAAUCUUCCACAGCUACGUUCAUCAUUCUGAUCAUCUGAAAUGUCUUGAUUUUCAUUGACAGCUUCCAACUAAUUUUGUUAAACUGUGGUUGUACAGGUCUAACAUAUUACAAUCAAAUUAUACACUUUGAUUCCAAACUUUUGGACAGCCGUGUACGUUUCAGUGCAGUCUGUUAAAGGGGAAUUCAACCAAUUUUAAAUAAUGUCCGUGUAAUUCAAUCAUUGGGAUGCAAACAGUGUCGUUCAGAAAGGUUUGGACUCUGAACUAUUUUGUCCCAUAUAAAUUUAUUUAAAAACAUACAAUUUAGGCCAAAAGCUAAUCAAAACCUCAUCUCAGACAUAAGACAGCAUGUUCAUAACCAUUUCAUGUAAUAGCUGUCUGGUAGGUAGUUUUUAAAAAACUUUAAUUUUUUUUGUGCUUUUGCCCUAGAACACCCAGUAUGAACCUCUCUGACAUGAUUACAUUAAAAAGAAAGCAAAAAUGGCAAAUGGCAUCUAGAGAAACUUAGCAGUCAAAUGUAAACCACUGUAAAUAUUUGAUGGCUAAGUUUCUCUAGAACAGAGCAUUUCCCAUCAAACAUUACAUUUUAACUAAUUAUGUAGACAAGUUUUGAAAAAUGGGUUGAUUUACUCUUUAAACAUGUAUGAAAUAUUCAUAAAGUGCAUAAGUAACAAAAUAAAGCCUUAACAUAUCUCUUAGAGGCCAAGCUAGUAGCUAGUCAUGUUUUCAAAUGACCAGGUGGAGGCCUAUCAUCCUGGAUUUCAUGGAAAAGCUACUUAUUGUACCUUUUAAGUUUAUGGUGUUUACAAGGUUCACUGAUGGCAAACAAUGUAACAGAGUAUUUUAAAAAGUUUUAUUUGUCCAUAAUAAAAAAUACUGUGUACAAAACACGUAUUAAAACCUCAUUUUCAUUUUACAAGGUCGAGUAGUCACAUUCACCAGCUUGCAACUUCAGAAUGCAGUCAAGUUUAGAAGAGCCAUCAAG